AUGUAUCAGGACACUUUUGAGGAAGACGACUUGUUGGCCGAAGUUGAAUUCGUUACCCAAGUCCAUUAUUCCCAAACUACUGAUCUUGACGAUGGAUUCGAAGCCGAAGUCGUUCCUCCUCAGCAGCCCAACACGGCUCACAUUCCCGACAGUGUGAAAAACUUUAUCUUGCAUUUCUACCGCAAUGUCACGGACAACAAUGUCUUUGAACUUCACAACGUUUACGACAGCUCCUUCAACAAGUUGAGCGACCGUUACUAUCAAAAGCAACCUUGGCCCGAGGCCGAACUGAUCGCUCCUCUCGUGAAUGGCGAUACCGUGUUCCUCACGCUUUACCGCGAAUUGUACUACCGACACAUUUAUGCUCGUUUGACGCCUACAUUGGAACACCGUAUCCGUUCCUAUGAAAACUAUUGCGAUCUUUUCAACUACAUCUUGAAUUCCGAUGGUCCUGUCAAUUUGGAACUUCCCAACCCCUGGCUCUGGGACAUCAUUGACGAGUUCAUCUAUCAGUUCCAGUCUUUCAGCAACUAUCGCGAUCGCUUGAAGAACAAGUCCGAGCAGGAAAUCGAAAUGUUGCGCGGAAAUAACCAGAUCUGGAGUUCUUACAGCGUGUUGAACGUGCUCUACUCUUUUGUUCAGAAAUCGCGUAUCAACGAACAAUUGCUUGUGAGCAAGAAUGGUGGUGACAUGAUGGAAGCAGCCGGUGAAUACGGCUCCCGACCUUUGUACAAGAUGCUCGGCUACUUUUCCAUUGUCGGUCUUCUUCGUGUCCACUGCUUGUUGGGUGACUACGUUCUCGCUUUGAAGAUGAUGGAUAACAUUGUGUUGAACAAAAAGGCCAUGUUUGCACGUGUGACAGCCUGCCAUGUGACGACUUACUACUAUGUCGGUUUCGCUUACAUGAUGAUGCGCAGAUACGCUGACGCCAUCAAAGCUUUCUCCACCAUCUUAUCCUUCAUUCAGAGAACCAAGCAAUACCAUUCUCGAUCAUAUCAAUACGAUCAGAUUACCAGAAAGGGGGAUCAAAUGUACGCUUUGUUAGCCAUUUGCAUUGCCAUGUCGCCUACGCGUUUGGAUGAAAAUAUCCAUUCUCAGCUUCGUGAAAAGCACGGUGAACAGCUUUUCAAGAUGCAAAAGGGAGAAGACAACCUCGCAAUUUUCGAAGAACUCUUCCAAUAUGCUUGUCCCAAAUUCAUCUCGGCUGUGGGCAUCAAUCCCAACAACGCCAAUGGAGUGGAUCCUCAUCAAAACAUGAUCAAGAUCUUCAUGAACGACAUUCAGACCCAGAUCAACCUUCCCACUUUGCGCUCUUUCAUGAAAUUGUACACCACCAUGGGCAUUGAUAAAUUGGCCAAGUUCUUGGAAAUGGAUGCCGAUGAAUUGAAAAUGCAGUUGCUGGUAUUCAAGCAGAAGUCGCGCCAGUACAAGUGGGUUGAAGGCGAGCUCUUGGAUGGUGUCUACAUGCCUACUUCGGAUCUCGAUUUCUGUCUCAAGCAAGACGUUGUCCACAUUGCCGAAAGCAAGGUCGGCCGUCGUUAUGCCGAUUGGUUCUUGCGCAACAUCAACCGUUGUGAGGAUAUCGUUGCCAGCUUAGAAAACAAGGCCUAA